GGGUCGCGUUCCAAUAAACGCGUUUAACGUAAAGAGUGAGCUCGAGAUGACGCUGUUUUGUGCCCUACGUAGGGAGCUUUUUAUGGAGCGAGCGUGCGAUUGAGACCGAGCCGUCAGUAAAGAAAAGGAUAAUAUGACAGUCUCUUCACAAGCGUUUCAGCUGCCUGCAAAGAGCGACGUUUAUCAUUUUGUUCGCUUGUUUUUCUGUUCAAAUUUAAAUCCUAAGAAUAAAAUUAACCGGUUGCUAAAGAGCUGACGGCUGAUAAUGAAACGUAGCCUGAUCAGUUUCAGUAAAACUUUAGGGUUUUUUUUGACAGGAAGUCUGUCACUUUGUUUAUUUUUUAUUCUCUUGCUCAUUUUGUCACUUUUUUAAACAAACCAGCAGCUGAUUUUUGUUUGUUUUUUUUUUAUUUCCAUUAAAACGUCAAGUGAAGUAUUUUAGCAGAGGUGCAAAAAAAAACGGGCUUUUAAUCUGAAACUAAUUUAUUAGGUUUAAAUAUUUUUUUUGUCAGAGGUUUGUUUUUGUUUUUGACAUUUCGUUUGGAAGGAGAAGAAAAAAAAAAUCUAUUAAUAAUUUUUUCACUCGCACUUUAUAUCAUUUGCACCCCUAAUUUUUCAGAGCUUUAUUUUUGUCUGCUUGUGUUUGUUUGUUUUUUUUCACCACAGCCCGUACAUUAGCAUCACAGCACGGAUUAGCCACAUUAGCUCGCUGCUGACACGUCAUUUGGGAACCGACACUAGAUUGACUAUAAAAAUAAAACUACUUUUCUUGAACGACACGUUUUUUGUAUAAAACAUUUACCUCACAGAAUAUAUUUUCCUCAUGCUGUCACUGAGCUAGCUUUGUUUUUGUUUGCGGUUUUUCCUCUCUAACGGACGCGCGCGAGGACAACAUUUUUCCUCCUGUUUAUUUUUGUUCUAUUUUUGUUUUCCUUUUUUUACACCGUAACUAACGGCGGUGUUAUUGUGGAACAUGGCGGCCAUCGGGAUGGUGCAGAUGUUGAUCGAAGCUGCUGAGUAUCUUGAUCGUAGAGAAAGAGAAGCAGAGCAUGGGUACGCGUCAACGUUACCGUUCACCAGCCACAAAGACAGGGACGGCUCCAAGAGGAAAAAUAAAAGCAAGAAAAAUUGCAGCAGCAGGUCUACGCAUAACGAGAUGGAGAAGAACAGGAGGGCACAUUUACGGCUAUGUUUGGAACGCUUGAAGUCCCUGGUGCCUCUGGGACCAGACUCCAACCGGCACACCACCCUCAGCCUACUAAUGAAGGCCAAGGAUCACAUCAAGCGGUUGGAGGAGAGCGAGAGAAAGGCGCAGCACACGCUAGAUCAGUUGCAGCGGGAGCGGAGGCACCUGCGCAGACGGCUGGAGCAGCUGGGAGUGGAGCGCACACGCAUGGACAGCAUGGGCUCCACCUUCUCAUCAGAUAAAUCUGACUCUGACCAAGAGGUGGAUGUGGAUGUAGAAGGUACAGACUAUCUGCUGGGGGAUCUGGAGUGGAGCACCAGCAGCGUGAGCGACUCAGACGAGCGAGGCAGCCUGAGGAGCAGCUGCAGUGAUGAAGGUUACUCCAGCCACGUCAGCCUGCGCUGCCUCGCCAACACUCAGGAGAAAACUCUAAGUCUAUAAGAGCACACCCACUCCCUCCUGACCUCCGCCACCUCUCCCUCCACCCAUCUCCAGCUCCGGAACGUGACCACGUGAGCUGCAACCCCACGUACAAAAUCCGAAAGUUCCAGAGCGAGCGCCCCAUCGCAUUCUCUCGUCUCGCUCUGCGACGUCCAGACUAAAACAAAGCUCGUUCUCCGAGAACGAAGAAACGUAACGCAGCCUCAUGUAUCCGUUCCUCCUAAACCUUCUCACCUUCGCCGUCCGAUCAGCCUCAGAGGAAUUCCGUCCGAGUCGUCCGAUCACAUCCUCCCUACCUCGUAUCCGUCCUCUCCUCCUCUUCCUCCUCCUCUGACGAAACACUUGUGUUCUUCUCUGACCAGAGAAUGUUCCUCAUUGCCACACCCACUGUAUACGCCGGCCCUCCUCCACGUUCCAUUUGUCCACCAAUCAGAUCAGGAUGUUCCAGACACAGGGCUAGGUCACCUGACCGGUCAGCUGACCUAUCACAGCAUGGAAUUUUGCACUUAUACGCAGCGCAGCCUCUCGGUGUAAGCCGGCCCCCUUCACCGCGGAUCCGAGAGUUUUUUGUUGUCUUUUUUAACCCCGAGAUCAGCGGCAGAAGGUCGGCUUUUACCAAAGAUCACACAGCAGGAAUGUUUUUUUUUUUUUAUUUUAUUUUUUUUAUUUUUUAUUUCAGAUCACACAAAAAAGCAGCAGCAGCAAGAACAGGGGUAAAAAAAAAUUUAAAAAAAGGAAAAGAAAGGUGAACCGUGGUCAUUGUGGUCAUCAUCGUGAUUCUCCUCUGCUCUCCAGAGAGAUCGCAGCUACUCUAGUUCCAGUAUCAGGUGUAGUCUUUAAGCUAAUCUUAAACUAAGAGAAUAAACUUCCUGCACCGUUCCAGCGUCCAGACGAUCUCCUCUACCCCCUACACAACCCCCACCAAGCCCUGGGGCCGUUACCUAGCAAUGGUGAUGUCAUCCUCCUCAACAUCCACUCCUGCUCGAUUCCCACCGAUCCUCGCUAGCACGUCAGCGUUAGCUGUUUAGUGCCGUCUGAUCGAGGAGCUCGGGAUCUGGGGGUAAGAGGUCGCUAUCAGGAUCCGAACGUAACGACCGUCACGCAGGACACAUCGUUUAACGUGUCGCUGAAAAAAAAUAAAGACUUCGCAAGGACACAUCAAGACGUUUCGGUGCUGCUGACGACUUGGCGCCUUGAUACUUUUACCUUUUUUUUUUUUUUUUUGAUAGACAAACUGUUGACACAAGGAACGUAUCACAUCUCAGUAAGAGAUCUCAGUGGUGGGACUGACCGGUGGGCCACGUGAGAAACUACAACUCGGCUCGUUCCAUCUCUUCCUCUCUGCUCACUGACGGUGGCCUGAGUGUGAAUUGUUUUAUUUUUCCCCUCCCCCCAGAAGAAACAAGGAAGUAAGCACAUUCCACUAGCGAACAGGAAGUUAUUAUUAUUAUUAUUAUUAUUAUUAUUAUUAUUAUUAUUAUUAUUAUUAUUAAUAUUAUUAUUAUUAUUAAAGAUCUCAGAAUUAUAGGAAGGUGAAAAAAGGGCUUUGUUUUUGACCCAACAGGGCUGACCUCCUUUCUCUCUGAGCGAGUGUGUGUGUGUGUGUGUGUGUGUGUGUGUGUGUGUGUGUGUGUGUGUGUGUGUGUGUCCUUCUCUGCCGAGACGCUGAAACUGUUUAUCUUUGUAACACGGCAUUUUAUGUAUAUAGUUUAAAGAAAUCUAUCUAAACAUCUUCUACGUAUCACAAAGUAUUUAUUUAAUCCAAAUAUAUGUCACAGAUAAACAUUUAGGUUUUAUAUAUUUAAUAUAUACAUAUAGAAAACAAAAAACCCAACAAAAAAAAAAAACAAGAGAGAAGAGUCUAUUUAAAGUCGUCAUUUCUUUAGUGGCUUGAGUUAUAUCCCAGUGGGUUUUCUCCUCUUCCUCCUUUCUCUCGUUCUUAAAGGUGUGGUGUUUAUUUGCACAGAUGAUCUACAGUGUGUAUGGACACGGCCUACGAGCGCUGUUGUAUUUAGACUAGAUUUGUGUGCAUCCUGAAAUGACCUCGUGCUGUUCUUGAUGUUAAACGUGUUUAAUUCUUUCCUUUUUGUUUCGAGAAGUUUUAUCUAUAUCUGGAUAUAUAAAUAUAUAAAUAUAUACAGAGAAAGAGAAAUAAACGUGCGUUAAAAAUCUAACGGAACGGCAGGAAAAGCGAGCUAAAGGAAAGUAGUUUGUUCGGGGGUGAAGUGGUAGUGAUGGUGUUCAGGGAAAAAAGCAUGUGGUCACGCGACACGGACGCCAGCAAGCGGCGAGACUCCGAGUCGCCCGAAUGUAGAUGUAGAGUCUAUUUAUUUUUUAUCAAAGACGAGACAAAACCGCAAAGAACCUUAGAGACCUGAAAGAAAUGCACCAAAAAAAAAACUUUAAAAGAAUAAAAUAAAGAACCUUUAAAAAAAAAUAAUCUAUAUAUGUAGGAUUAUAUGUUUACUACGUGGAGUUUUUAAUGACUUUAUAAAUCAGCCCCGCCUUUAAAAAAAAUAAAAUAAAUAAACAAACAAAAAAAAAAUGUAGCGUGAUCGAGAUGUAGCGACGAGACGUGACGUGAUUGUUCGACCGGGAAGGGGUGUGUGUGUGUGUGUGUGUGUGUGUGUGUGUGUGUAUGUGUGUGUGGGGUCACUGUCUGCAGACAGAGAGGAAGGGAUCUUCAAAGCCGUGUGUGUGGACAUGAUUUCGUCUUGUUUUUAUUUGUUAUGAGUAAAAGGUACAAAAUCUGUUUCCUUCUCAGCGUCUAAGAACUGGUGUGAAAACACACACACACACACACACACACGGUUAAACCUUUCGAUGACUCCUGUAUCCUUUAUUGUACUUUAUUUGUGACACGUCUGUGUGUGUGUGUGUGUGUGUGUGUGAGCGUUCCAUCUCUCUGCCCUCCUUCGACACCAGCGCAGAGAGAGAAAACAAACUCUGAAACAUUCUGUAAAAGACUUUAAAGGAGAAUAAAGGGUGUGUUUGAGCAGCGCAGGUUUUUUACACCCAUCUGUGCAGAUUUGCGAAUCAUAAUCAUCAGCUGAAAUGCACAGGAUUUGCACAAACUCCCUGCGUGGCUCCGGCACGUCCCGGGUGCUGACACACACUCACGGUUUCACUCGAGAUCAAACCCUCCUCUUUUUUUUUUUUUUUUUUUUGUUCUGUUUUUAUUUUCUGUCCAUGUUGAUUCUCCUGUGCCACCUUCAACCCUGCAGCUAAAGUCCAGAGGUGGAGACGGAUGGUGUUUACGCUUACGAGAGUCGGGAACUUUUAUUACCAAAACGGCUGAAGCCUUAACGCCGUGCAGACGUACGGACCCCUUAACAAACACACGCGGUGUGUACGAUCUGUUCUGGACAGCAAAACCCAUCAGAGUCAUUCCCACUGAUUGUGACUGUGUCUCAGGUGUGUUCUACUAACAAGACACACAGUUUAAAUAAAUAAAGCUACUGCCUCUA